GAUGACUCUUGUUUUAGAAAAAGCUGAUCAAUUUAGACAUAUCAUUCGUAUUUUAAAUACAAAUGUUGAAGGUAAAUAGCGUCUUGCUUAUGGAAUUAGAAGCAUUAAAGGAAUAGGUAGACGAUUUGCUAUAUAAAUUUGCAAAGUAUAUAUAAAUCAAUAUUUAAGGUGUUAAGACUUGAUUUAAACAAAAGAGCAGGAGAACUUACUGAUGAUGAGGCUCAUAAGAUAACAGAAGUAAUUAAGUCACCAGAAGCAUACAAUAUUCCUAGAUGGUUCUUAAAUAGACAACGUGAUUUUAAAGAUGGUAAGAAUUAUCAAGUGACAACAAAUGAACUUGAAACAAAAUUAAGAGAAGAUUUAGAAAGAAUGAAAAAAAUUAAGUAUUUAUAAUAGUUAUAAAUUAAGAUGUAAUCGAGGUUUGAGACAUCAUUGGGGAUUGAGAGUAAGAGGAUAACACACAAAAACAACAGGUAGAGGAGGUUAAACAUUGGGUGUAGAAAGAAAGAAGAAAUGAA